AUGUAUUGUGGUAAGGGCGAAGAUGAUAAUACGUAUGGGAAGAAAACCGAACAAAUAGUUAUGAAACUGCUGAAACCAUACUUGAUGAAAGGUCAUCACGUAUUCAUGGAUAAUUUUUAUAAUGAUGUCGAAUUGAGUCAGAAAUUACUAGAGUUGCGUACCCACACCAAUGGCACACUUCGUAAAAACAGAAAGACAAACCCUAAGGGGCUGACACAGAUAAAACUAAAAAAGGGUGAUUUUUUUUGGUGUCGUAAAGAGCAAGUUUACGUAUCAGCGUGGUAUGACAAGCGUCCAAUUUACGUUAUAACUACCAGACAUCAUCCUAAGCUAAUAAAUGUUUCAAACCGAUUUGGAAAAAUUUCACAAAAGCCUGAAGAGGUUUCAGAAUACAAUAAAUAUAUGGGAGGAAUAGAUAGGAAAGACCAAAUGGUUGCAUAUUACUCCUCGCCACAGAAAACAAUUCGAUGGUAUAAGAAAGUAUUCUUUCAUCUCUUAGAUAUAUCUGUUUGGAAUUCUUUCUUUGUCUACAAAAAAUACUUUAAAAACGAUGUAAAAUACGAAUUUCUGGACUAUCGCGAAGAUUUAAUAAAACAAAUGAUAAACUUAGAGAGUGGUUGUUCUGGUAGAAACAUUAUAAGAACUGGUAGCAUAUAUUCCAGUCGACGAACUGCAGUUAGAGCUCCAAAAAAGGUACUUCAACAGGAAAAUUUGGUAAGCAUUAGUAAGGAUCACUGGCCUGAAGAUUUUCCGUGCUCAACUGAUUCCAAGAGGAAUUUUAAAUAUUUGAACUGUAGCCUCUGCACUAAAAAGAAAAAACGCAAAGAGAUAAGAUACAGGUGCAAGGGAUGCAGAGAAAAAACUCCCUUAUGCCCUUCAUGUUUUGAGGAAUGGCACGCCAAAUAUGUCAAGAGAGGAGAUAGA